AUGCCGGUGUUAGUGGAGGAACCCGCUCUUCUGUCUAAAUCUAGACUCAGAUCAGAUUUCGUCGCGCACAAUGUGAAGCUGCACCUGAAACACAUCGACCACAGGAACGCUGCAGAGUUUUCAAGUGACGAGGAAGAAGACGUUCAAGAUGAAGCUGAGGAGAAUCCAGAGGAAGCAGAGCUGCCUGACCCGAGCGGUUUGACUGACGACGACCUCAAGGCCGCGCUGCUCCGACUCGGGUUCAAACCCGGGCCCAUAGUUGCCUCCACCAGGGCUUUGUAUCAGAAGAAGCUCAGCAGACUGCGCCGGUCCAAUGGCUGCAACCUACUUAAAGGAGCAGAGAAGGUGCUCUACUCGGCCAGUGAAGAAGAAGAAGAAGAAGAAGAAGAAGAGGAGGAGGAAAACGGGGAGGACGAUGAUGCAGAGUCAGGUGUUGAGGAAGAUAAGCAGGAAGCGGCUGAGCAGACGGACGAGGCUCAGCCAGGGAGCAGCCAGAGAGGAGACUUUUUUUACCCACAGUGCUUUUUACCUUCAUCCGGACUGCGUGCUCGCGCUUCUAGGAACAAGGAGCCUGGUCUCGCCUGGAAUUCAGGGAAUGCGUUAAAAUCAUCAGAGCAGAGUCGGCCUCGCCGCUCGCAGAUUCCUGCAGGAAUUAGCAGAGCAUCCUCUGUAGAUCACUGCCCAGGAUUAGGAUCAGGGCCACCUCGGGAGCCUGUGAUCGAUACCUUCAAGGACUUGCUUCCUGCUGAGACCACACCAACGGGUAUAUACGCCACUCGUCGGAGACCCAUCAAGGGGGCCGCGGGCAGACCUGUGCAGUACGCGUACCCGGACACCCCGUUCAGUCCCACGACCCUGGAGAGACGGGAGGUGGAGCGCCGCCUGGUGCCCAUCCACAUACGGUUACUGUUCUUCAUCGUCAUGGCGUGCAUCCUCUACCUCGUUUAUGCAUUGGUUUAGGACAAGUCACUCAGGCCGUUCGUGGCAGGACACAACACACACCAGCACUUUCUGAACAGGAGUAACUAUGUGAUUUUUAUAAACUUACCGAUGUCACAUUACUUCUUUUUUUUGUUGAUGCAGAUUAUGAUAACUUUGUCUUGGAUUGUCUUCAGGGAGCACACACUGUAUUAAUUUAUCACUUUUGCCAUUUUCUGACUAUUUGUACGUCUGCAUGGGAGCAAACACUUCUACAUUUUUAAUGUUUUUUGCUUAUGUAUGUGGUCUCUGUGGUAAAAACAAUCGAGCAUAAGCUGAAUAUUUUGUCAAAUUGUGUACUUUUUGUGUAACCUGAUCGUAAUUGAUGCCACAGUAUGUCUAUGUGCAUUAUUUUUUAAAGAAAAAUAUUUAAAUCUUACUUCAAUAAAGGAACUUCUGCUUCAUACUUUAUACACAUUUUAUUAUAUCAUUAUAACAAGGCUCUAAUGUAUUUUUUUUAUGUUAAUUUCCAUGCAUGUUGAAGAUGUAGAGGCUUGGAGUUGAAGGGACUUGACAUUAUUGUGACUUUAAAAAAAGGGGGAGUGAC